GAGGAAAAAGCGCGAGGAAGAGGAGGAGAGUUCACCGUAGUGAAGCAAGCACGGGGGGAUACAGCAGGAUAGAAGACUUGACACAGGUGAAACAGAAGGGAGCACAGCCAAGUUCUUGCUGGAAGGGAGUCAGAGGAGAGGCAGGACGGGAUCGCGGGAUGGUCGAGAGAAUGGCGGCAGGAUUGUGGUAGGGGGAGGGACAGCAAGGAAGAAGGCGACGAAGUUAAGGGAUAGCGGGAAUCAAUUCGAAGUGCCUCGUACUUGCAUGUUUUGAAAAGCUCUUCUUGGUACGAGACUGCCGACGAAGGUGAUUGAUGACUGGCCAAGAAAGAGACCCCCCUGUGAAAAGAAAGAUGGAUACUUUAGAUGGAAGGUUCCAGGUCAACAGCGUUGGAGGAGGUUUGACUCGCGCAAAGUCAAAGGCGGAUUCGCUCGUGAUCGGCAUCCCAGAGCAGCAGCAACCUGAUCCCUCCGACUCCUCAGAGCAUGUGGAUCGCCUGUCUCCUACAUCUCUCCUAGCUCUGCACUAUAACUUGUCAAGAUCACCGAGACGAUCGAAGCCCGAAUAUCUGGAAAACCUCGUCAUCCCCGAUGACAAGAAGCCCGACCCUUCUGAUGAUCCCGAGCAUAUCGACUGCCACUCUCCUACCACCCUGCUGGAGAACUGACAAGGUUGGGGGAAGGGCAGAGAGAGAAGGGAAGGGAAGGAGGGAGGGUCGUGUUGUGUUUGAUUUCGAGGAGUGGAGAGUUAAGAGUGGAGUCCUGCCUGUACAUUUGGGUGAAGGGGGAGUGAGCGAAGAGAUUUGAAGAUUGAGAUUGUGUCGUCGAUUGUAAACGUUGUAAUCUAGAGUUUUCUCAUUUGCCUCCUCUUGAGGAAUAAAAUGUUGUCGUGCUC